CCAUUCCUGUCACGCCUUGAAAAUAAUCACAUCACUUCCUGUCCAACUCCAAAAAGUAUGAAUCGGAAUCGGGCAAGAUGAAUGAAUGAAAAAACUUAUGAAUGUAAAUGUGUCGCGUCAGUGUUAGAGUGUACAUGUAGUUCGGUGUAUUGAUGAAGACCGCGGGUUAGUUAGUGUAGUUUUAAUUAUAAUUUCAACAAAAUGCAAACAAUGGCCGAAGCUAAAUCACUUCUACGGACUGAAGAAAGACUUAAAAUCAAAAUCGGUGAAGCGAAAAAUAUAAUAUCGCGUUCCGGUGGUUCGAAUUGUCCUCGCGAUGUAUAUUGUGCUUUAUCACUCGAUCAAGAAGAAAUAUUUCGAACAUCUACUAUCGAAAAAUCACUCAAUCCAUUUUUCGGUGAAGAAUUCCAGUUCGAGGUGCCUCGUAAAUUUCGAUAUCUCAGCGUUUACGUCUACGACAGAGACAGGCCGAGUAAAAAUGACCGUAUGCUGGGUAAAGUGGCCAUCAAAAGAGAAGAUUUACAAGCGUUCCAUAAUAAAGAUCAUUGGUUCCCGAUCCGGCCGAUUACGCAGGAUAGCGAAGUUCAAGGCAAAAUUCAUUUGAAUGUGAAUUUUGAUCGUAACAGAAACGACGAAUUUGGCGAAAAAUUGCGUGUACAGAUUUUCGAAGCAUGCGAUCUAACCAUGGUGAAUUCGACUUGCGAUCCUUUUGUCGAAGUAUGCGUCAAGUUCACAAACGGAAAGCAAGAAACACAUCGAACAAAAGUGAAGAAAAAAACAAAUAGUCCGGUUUUCGACGAAUCAUUCGUGUUCACGCUUCAAAAAGAAAGCGAAAAAAAUUACCGUAUGGCGCAGCUCGAAGACGUCGAAUGGUCCGAACUGAUCGUAACGAUGUAUCACGAAAAUUCCAGCAGUAACACAGUAUUCAUCGGCGAAGUGAAAUUAUCGCUUUCGGGGCAUCAGCAACGUAUUCACGCCGCCACAAACGCAUGGUAUUAUCUUCAACCGCGCAAGAAAAGGGUUACUUUGAGAGCUCCGGUAUCCACUUUAUCUUCGGCUGUAAUGGAUGAAAAUUGUAUCGGCACGUUGAGACUGAAAAUCCAGUACUUCGUCGAUCACGUUUUACCAUCGUCGAGUUACAGUAAAUUUAAAGAGCUGAUAUUAAGAAGCGCCAAUAUGCAACCUAUUACGUCGAGUGCAGUCUACCUGUUGGGUGAAAUAAUACCUUGCAAAGCUGACGUAGCUCACUGCCUGGUCAGAAUAUUAUUACAGCAUAAUCAAUUCGUUGCCAUGAUUAGAUCGCUGGCCGUUUGGGAAAUUUCCAAAGUAACGGAUGCAAAUACGAUCUUUCGAGGCAACACGUUAGUCUCGAAAUUAAUGGACGAUGCGAUGCGAUUCGUCGGUUUGAACUACUUACACGAAACUCUUCGUCCGUCCAUCGAACGUAUUCUUGCGGAACGUAAACCCUGCGAAAUUGAUCCGUCCAGAGUGAAGGAUAAAACGGUCAUACAUCAGAAUUUAUGUAAUUUAAAGAUUUACGUCGAGGAUAUUUUUAAAGCAAUUACUACGUCCGCUUUGCAGUGUCCUUCUGUUAUGUGCCAACUUUUUCAUGAUCUCAAAGAAAUUGCUAUUUUAUUUUUUCCAGAAAAUAAAGAAAUUCGUUAUUCUGUGAUAUCCGGUUUUAUUUUUCUUAGAUUUUUCGCACCAGCUAUUUUAGGACCGAAAUUAUUCGGAUUAACCACCGAACAAAUUAAUACUCAAACAAAUCGUACUUUGACAUUGAUCUCAAAAACAAUCCAAAGCUUAGGUAAUGUGGUGUGUGCGAAGACUGUAUCUUGUAAAGAAGAAUACAUGUCAUCGAUGUAUCAGACGUUUUACGACGAGACUCACGUUACCGCUGUCAAACAGUUUUUGGAAAUAAUCUCAGCGUCGUCCAAUCCUGUACGAAGUGCAUCAGAUAAACCGGUUAUUCUUAAAGAAGGAACGUUAGUAAAAAGAGCUCAAAAUAGAAGGCGUUUUCGUAGAAAAAGUUUUCGUCAAAGAUAUUUCAAAUUGACCACCGAAAGCCUUUCAUAUUCAAAAUAUAAAGGCAAAGAAAUUCUAUACCAGGUUCCCUUAAGAGAUGUCUUAGCUAUCGAACGAGUUAGUUACGAAUCAUUCAAAAGAAGUAAUAUGUUACAAAUCAUCCAACCAGAUAGAAUAUUAUACGUUCAGGCCAAUAAUUGCGUAGAAGAAAAAGAAUGGAUGGAUUUGCUGACUAGAAUGUGUUUAUCGAAUGACAAACAUUUGACUCAGUAUCAUCCGGCAGCUUUCGUCAAAAGAACGUGGCUUUGCUGUAAAUCACGCGAUGAACAUGGUAUAGGAUGCGCCAGAGUAACCAAACCGUCUGAAGGUGUUCAUAUAAAUAAUAUCGAUAUCGAUAGAGAACUUUCCAGAUUACAUACGUUAACCUGUUCACAUAUGGAUCGAAUCGAUAACGUGUUAAGAGCCUGCGAAUGUCAAGCAGCUUAUAACAACGAUAGAAAUUUACUGCCACCUUCCGUCAUCGAAGAUGUUCAGUCAGCGAUGGUUACUUUAAAUUCGUUGAAAAAUAUCGCCUACACUAUCGACCAAGAACAAAGAACUGUGCUGAGGACCAUCGCCAGGGAAACGAAAUAUGGUAGCAAGCAAGCUCCAAUCGGUGACGAUAAUUAUCUACUGAUGGCCGGUCGUCUAGAGACAGCCACACUUCGCAAGACGUUUUAAACUUGAAAUAAAUUUCAGAACAAAUUAUUAUGACCUUUGAUACGCUUUUUUUUGUAUUUUUUCUUUGUUAAUAAUAAUUAUUUUUAUUACGUGUUUAACCCGAAAACAGUAAAUUAUUUUAAAAAAUUAAUCGGUUUAACCGCGAUUGAUUUCCAACCAUUGGAUAUUUUUUAAGUCUGAGUAAAUUCAAUUUACUUACCAAACCGUGUGAAGAAAUUUUAUACUUUGUAUUAUUUUUUUUAUUAUUUUUACUUGAUUUUUCUUUUUUUUUUAAUUCAAUGUCAUGUCAUCAUUCAUCAUUUUUCAUAUUACUAUUUUUUUGUUUUGUUUUGUGUACAGUAUUGCAAGGCUAUUGUUGCAAAUUUUUUGGGAGAUGUAUAUACAGCGCGAUUGUUUUGAUUUUUUGAAAGUAUUACCUCCGAUUUUCCUCCUUAUGAAUUUCCCCCCUUUUUUUUAUUUUAUGUUAUUUAUUUUCGUAUAAAAUACCGACGUUCGUUAUUUUUUAAAUAAAAUAAUUGAAAAACAAUUAAAAUAAUAGCUUUGCAUGCGCAUUUAAAACGUGAACAAGUUCAUUGGACGAGAUGCAUUUUUGUCGUAUUCUUUUUUUUUUUACGAUUAGCUCAAUACGAUGCAUUUGUGUAUUUUUAAAUCGUAUCUUUAACGCAGUUUUUUAACGAGUCUUUUUUUACGAUUAUUAUUUUUUUUUAUUAAAUGUUGAUUAUUUUUUUCAAUUAACGUUUUUUUUAUUCGCGACGAAAUAAAGAAGUAAUCCUUUAAAAAUAGCGAGCAUUCCUUUCGAAUAAAUCUAGCUCUCUGAUCGGUGUGUGUGUUUUUCCCCCCUCGUGAGGUGUUUUCUUAAAAGUAUUUUUCGAGGUGAAAAAAAUACCUAUCUACGUUUAAAUGAUUCUUGUACGUUGUCAUCGUUUUGUAAAACACUAAAAUGAUAUUACGCUUUAGUGUGUUGUGUUGUUAAUUAGAAAAAUAUUUACUCCGUUGUGAUAUUGUUAUUUUACAUUUAAUUGUUACAUUAGUUGUGUUGUGUUUUGUUUUCAUUAUUUCUUUUUUUUUUUCAUUGUUUUUUUCAUAACGAUUUUUUUUUUCAUUUUCAAUUGUCGUUAGUCUGAAUUAAUCCAUUUAUUAUGUGGUGUUCUUAUUUUUCAUAUAUUUUUUUUUCUUUAAAUUUUAUUUUAUUGAACAGUAUUACAGGGCAACUUUGCUAUACUUUCAAAUCACUCGAAUGUUUUAAUAACAUUAUGUUAGAGUUUGUCUUUUUUUUUCUCUCUCUCUUAAUUUUUUGUGUAAUUUUAUCGUGUAUAUGGAUGUUGUAAAGUAACUAUAUGGCAUUUUUUUGCACAUUCCAAAAAAUGAGCUGAGUUUAACUUUUGAAGUGUUUCGAUGACAGCUAUGAUAAUUUUUCGGCGGUGUAAUUUGAAGAAGUUGAACUAUUUUGUGUAUUUUUACGUGUAGAUUAUAUGAUAAUCUUUUACAUUGUUUUCGUUAAUAAUACCCUUUUUUUUUCUUCUUUUUUUUGUAAUGAUCUUUAAUAUACGUUUUUUUCUCCUUUUGA